AUGGGAUACAACACCGCCGAAACAGAAUGGCCCUCGUCCAUCGAGCUGUCCGAAGCCAAAAAGGACUUCCUCGACAAGUAUUUUAACCUCUUGGACACCAACACACCGACAGCGGGUGCCGAAGUUGCGGACCUCUAUACCGAUGACGGGUACAUCAUGGGCCACGCCGGGCCUGUCCGCGGCCACGCAGAAAUCCAAAAGUCUCGCGACAAUGGAUGGAGCGUGAUCAAAACGCGGUGUCACAAGUUGAUUCGAGUCUACGCAUUCGAUUCCAGCGCGACAGACUUGCUCAUCAUCGGGUCGGCCGUUCAGGGCCUUGCGAACGGAAAAUCGGUGUCAGGUGAAUGGGCCGCCAGGAUCUGUCUCGACCAGGGUGCCGAAGACAGUGUCAAGAUCAAAUCACAUCAAGUUUGGGCGGAUUUCGGUGGUGUCCUCAAGGCAAUUCAAGAAGCGCUGGGUAGCUCUUGA